GGUUGCGUAGGUGGGCUGACCGAACUAAUAGGAUUGAUUAUACGGAAAGUGUACCUGACGUUUGCUCGUUUUAGCAUUGAUCCCUUAUGGGAGUUCCCUCGUGACUGUGUCCCCUUAAGCUGUUACACAAUCAUUUGCUGGAUGAAGGUAUUAUUGUAGAAAAUAAGGCAGUGACGAAAUCUGUGUUUGUGAGACUUUUGGCUUUAGACAGUGGGGAAAUGAAAAUGUGCCCAAAGUUAACCCAGCAACACAUCACUUAAAAGGUACAGAACAUGCCCAGAAGACAGACACCUGCAAACUGUAACAUGUCUGUGUCAUUAAAAACGACAUGGCCCAAUUGUGCCACCCACACCGAGAAACAAGACGCUGCAUAACCCCUGCACACUUCUAAAUCACACUAGUGUCCAUAAAUGCCAAGAGAGGCAAGCUGAUCACCAGAGCGGCCUACCUGGUCUGCAACUGGUAGCUCCUCAAGAAUGACUUGAGAAGUAUUUGACAGGUAUUCCAAUGUAGCAAUAGGCAGGCAGUUCAAUGCCGAACACCCUGCACAGAACUCCCAUACAACCUGAAGGUUUAAGAGCUGUUCCAAAUGGUGGACAUGUUCCGAUAUACUGUUCACGACUCCGAUGGCGCAACCCAAUCCCACUCGUGGCAGAUCACAGGCCUGAUGCCAUGGAUGUUUUAUUAACCACGAACGUAGGUGGGGGCAUGAUGCCAAACACAAUUCGGGAUCUCACUUGGGAUCGCAACCCGGUAUUAGUUAGAUUCCAUAGGAUGAACAACCACAGUCUAUUUUCCGUGGAAAGACAUCCAGACGGACUGGGAGCAGUAUCGCAGGGUUUAACCCUUUCAGACCCCUUGUCCAUUUCAAUGGACACUACUUUUCGAGAGUAAUAUCUCAUAUCUGAGAGCACAGAUGUUUUUAGGAUUGCUUGUACGUCGAAAUGGAAGUCUUGUGGUUCAAUCUGAUGGGCGAUCCUGCCAUCUAGUGGUGAAGUCACGAAGUAUUUGGACGUUGUUUGAGACAAGGUGGCCGCACAGAGGAAGCACGUAAAAGAAUUUUAUCAUAUUGAGAGGGAUGCUUCCCAAAUACUGGAUUUGCUGAUGUCAGGUGAGGUUUCUGACUUAGAGCUCUCAGAAAACGAAGAAAGUGGCCCUGAUGAUGCAGAAUCUAUUCCACAAUGCACUAGACCUGGUGCUGAUGUAGCCACAAACUACGAAGAGGAACUGGAGGACGAUAGUUGCAGCACAGAAGAUGAUGACCAAAAUCAUACUUAUGCACAGGACUCAAAUGUUGAAGACUAUUAUUCCAUCUGAGUGGGUGUUUAGUGAAAAAAGUGAUAUUAGAUGGAGAAGAAAAUCGCCUACACUCCAAAACACACCUAUAGGUGAAGACCAGUAUUCAGUGCAGCCAUCAGAGUGUGAUAUGACACCCAUUGAAUAUUUUUCAGAGUACAUUUCUCAUGCUUGCUUAGAAAAUAUGGUUGAAAAAACCAACAUGUAUGCAUUGCAACACGGGAAAACAUUUACACCGACAAAUGUAACGGAAAUAAAGGCUUUCCUAGGACUUCAUAUAAUUAUGGGAUGCUUGAAAUACCCCAGAGUUAGAAUGUAUUGGGAUUCAGCAUUGCAUUUAGAUCCCUUUGUGGAAAGUAUGUCAAGAGAGAGAUUUUUCCAACUGAGAUCAAAUUUCCAUGUAAUUGACAAUUUCGCAAGGCCAGAAAAUUGCAAAGACAAAUUUUACAAAGUGAGACCCAUUUAUGAUUGUAUUAGACGUAGAUGUUUGGAACUACAGACUGAGGAAGAAUUGUGUGUUGACGAGCAAAUGAUUCCUUUCAAAGGUCAUUUAGGAGUAAAGCAGUAUUGUAAGGGAAAGCCAAAACCUUGGGGUAUAAAACUGUUUUUAUUAUGUGGAAGAAGUGGUCUGUGCUAUGACUUUCUGUUGUACCAAGGAGAUACUCCAGAAAUCUCAAACAAGUUUGUAAGAAAGUUUGGUUUAGGGGCAUCUAUUGUUCUAAAACUUGUUGAGAGAAUUAACAGGGAACAUGCUUAUUUAUAUUUUGAUAAUUUCUUCACAACAUUCAACUUACUAGAAAUAUUAAAAAUAAAAUAUAUAUAUGCAGCAGGAACAGCAAGACUAUGUCGCAUGCCAAAUGUACCUUUCACCAGUGAUAAGGAUUUGAAAAAGAAAGGGCGUGGUUUUUCUGAAGAAGUGGUGAGCAUGAAUGAAGCAUUGAUAAUGUGUAAAUGGUUUGACAACAGACCAGUAGUUCUGGCAUCAAAUUUUGUAGGAUGUGGUAGUCAAGAUGAAGUACAGCGCUGGGAAAAAUCAAGAAAGACAUAUGUUUCUGUCUCACAGCCUGAAGUUGUACGUUGUUACAACCAUGCUAUGGGUGGCGUUGACAAAAUAGAUAUGUUAAUUAGCAUGUAUAGGAUUUUUAUUAAACCUAGAAAAUGGACAUUGAGAAUGUUGUUCCAUGCUGUAGAUUUAGCGUGUGUGAACAGUUGGUUGGAAUACAAAAGAAAUACUGAAUCACUGGGAGAGAAAGAGACAAUGGAUUUACUUCAUUUUAAGAUGAGAAUAGGAGAGGCUCUUGUAAAAAUGGGCACUAGUACCAAAGUGAAACGUGGCAGACCCAGUAGUGAUUUACAGGACAUAAAAGCAAAAAGAGCAAGAACUGAGAUUCGUCCGGCACCAGAGAUUCGGAAUGAUCUUACUGGACAUUUUCCUGGGUACCAUGAUAAUACAGAAGCUUCAAGGUGUAAAAUGCCUAGUUGUAAGAAUAAAACUCAUGUCUUUUGUGAGAAAUGUAAUGUUCAUCUAUGUUUUGUCAAAGGAAGGAAUUGUUUCAAAAUGUUCCACAAUGCAGGAUGUAACAACCGUUGAUACUCUUUGUCCAUUACAAUGGACAUUCCGUAAAAUGUAAAUAAAAUUUUUC